GGGCCGAGUCGGUUCUUCGUCACUCGUGCUGCUCCAUGAGGUGGCUGGCUGCGUGAAAGUCGCGCAGUGUAUCGUCGAACCUGUGAGAGUUCGUUGCGCGAGUUUGCCCGGACGACGAGGAGCGCAGCAGUCCGCCCCCGUUCCACCGUUGUCGCCCGUUCGUGCGCUUUUUCGCUGCUAAUUAUCGCACGACGUGACAUAACCUCGUUCGCAAAAGAUGAACGUUUCGCAAGGUGUUCACGCGCACAUGGCUCACAACGUGGACCAUGGAAGCACGAAUCACGGAAGCAUGGAUCACGGGAGUAUGAACCAUGGUAGUAUGGAUCACGGCGCAAUGAACCACGGAGACAUGGACCAUGGGAGUAUGAACCAUGCAAAUAUGGACCACGGGAGUCAUGGCAGUAUGCAUCAGGUGGCCUCUUCGAUGAACAAUGCAUGCGGCGACUCGAGCAUGCAUGGACAUGGUAUGUCGAUGACUUUCCACACCGGUUUCUGUGAGUCGGUGCUGUUCAGCAACUGGAAGAUCACGUCGGUCGGCGGCCUCGUGGGCUCGAUGAUCGGUAUCAUAAUCUUAGCAGCUCUCUACGAAGGCCUCAAGUAUUAUCGAGAGUAUCUGUUGUGGAAAGAGUACAACUCUCUGCAGUACAGGAGUGUCACGGUGCCUAACGAGAAGAACGCGGUGGCCGAGGAUAAUCGAGUUGUCCAUAUGGUUGGGGAAGUAAUCCAUAAGCAACCGCCGACCAUGCUGUCAUGGAUGCAUUCGUUUCAAACACUUUUGCACCUCGUGCAGAUGGUCCUGUCUUACUUCUUGAUGUUGAUCUUCAUGACGUACAACGUUUGGCUGUGCUGCGCCGUGGUGUUGGGUGCCGCCAUCGGCUACUUCCUAUUCGGAUGGAAAAAGUCCGUAAUCGUGGACGUUACUGAACACUGCCAUUAGCAUUUAGUAAAUUACUCCAACCGGGUAUUUCGUGUCAACUGCAAUCGUCCAAGAUUGCAACGCGUUCUCGCGUUCCGCGUACGAAGUGAGAAUGUUUAAAGAAUUGGCCUUUUUAAAAUUCACGGCACUCUACAGCACGUAGCGACAAAAGAAAAGCAAGAAAUAUUCCUAGAUUAAGUUUAAGACUUACUGUUCAUUGUCUCGAGCAGUGCUGCGAAAUGGGUAAUUCAAGCCUUCACCAUUUGACAAACAACGGUACACCUACCACACACAUGAUAAAUCCGUGUAGUUAAACGAGAUUCGCGCGGCUUUGGAAAAUGAAGUGAGCUGAGUCGACCGGGCGGUAUAUAUAUGUAUAUAUGUAUACACAUACAUAUAUAUAUAUAUAUAUAUAUGUCUAAGGAUUACACAGAUAUUGUUAUGCAUAUGAUAGUGCCGUCACUUGUCAAGUAGUGGAGGCUCGAAUUACCCACGAUUUCGCGGUACUGGUCUUGAGAAAGACUUUCGGUACCUUAAUUUUAGUUAUCAAACAUUCUCGAAUAUUUUUAUCGCGCGAAACUCUAUACGUAAGCAGAUGAGUUUCUGUCGAAAAUAAUUAUAUCUCGCUGUUAUUAUGAAGGUAUAACACGAGGUAACUUCGCAAAGUCUCAGCUUCCACCCAUACUUGAAUCUAUACAACUGUAGUAUGUCUGAACUUGUAAAUAUUGUUAAGAUAUCAUGUAAGAAAUGUGUCGUCGAAUGGGUGCACACACUUUUCCCAAUUUUAUAUCAUUUUUAUUGUUCAUUAUAUAACUUUAUUCUAUUUUUUAAGGACGCUCACAUUUAUCAGUAAUUUCUUAAUGCUUGGGAAAAAGUGUGCCACAUUGUAUCUUAAACAAACCCAUGUAAAAACAUAUUAUUAUAAUAUACUGUUACAAGUUAAAGUAUUAUUAUUACAUGUUGUCGUGUAAAUGAUUGUUACGUGUAAAAUAUCGCGAAAUAUAGCUUUACCAAAACAUCAGAAAACGGUAAAGAAAUUCAACAGAUCGAGAAAGUAUUACAAUUGCGAUUCAGAUAAUUUCCUCUUUAGACCCUUGCCUCAUUUUCGUAAUUAUCGACAGAUCUCUUAUUGAUAUUUGUACGUUAUGCUUGCUCGACGAACAGUGAGCAGAAGAGUUCCUUAAGAAAGACGGAUAACCGUGGCAAAAAUCGAUUUAUAUAGGAAUACAGACGUCUUUUAAACAAGCAUAGUGUAAGUUUAUUUUUCCUUGCAAAAUCGCGAUCCCCGGAAUUAUAAAAUCUUAAGGCAUACACACAUAUUAUAUAGGUCAUACGAGAAAUAGGUAUAGGUACAUUUGGUCGCAGAAGGGUUGCGACACUCGUCUCUUCGAUGAGAAUCGAUUGAAUCGCAAGAACGACCAAUUUCCCAAAACUCGCCGAAGCAAAAGGCGUCACAAUCUUUUCGCAAACGAAUAUACGCUAAGUAUAUGUAAAAAUAAUAAAUAACGAUCGGCACACAUCUCUUCUUUUUCUUUGUCACACAAAUAAGACACGUAUAUACUGUGUGCAUCAGUAUUUAAAAAAUAAUUCAUAGAGAUCUCGCGUAUAGACUUAUUCGUAAGAGUGAUGCCAACGUUGCGGUAGUUACGAGGUGAAUUCGCCACCUUGAUAUGAUUAGUCUUACAGCACUUAACAUCCUUAACCAACACGUUAUCGCUCUAUCGUUCCACUAUAAAUUUAUAUGCUCCACAUGUAGCUAUAUAAAAAGCACCAGCAUGCACGUUUCAUACACGAUUAAUCCGAGUCUUGCCGUCGCGACAUUAACUUCCGCUUCAUUGCAACGGCAUUGUAUGUACGGUUUUGCUUGUCAUAUACAAAGCGUUCCUCCAGAAAUCUGGUGUAUUUUUUUUUCCGGGCGAUACACCGCGACUGUAGGAACGCGCCGUACACCAACGGUAAUCAUACAAAAAGCUCUCACUGCCGGUAACGUUAUUAAUUUUGUAGGAAAAAUCGUUAGACAUCGACUGCGGAAUAUUCCAAGAGCAGGAAAGCGUAUUUCAUACUUUGUACAAGCAUCAAAUUCAUAUAUAAAUACCGAGUAUAUAUACGUGAGCGAGAUUUUUUCGUCUAAAUAAGUCGUGUCGCUUCACUGCUCUCAGACGCUAUGCCGCGAUAAUAAGGCAAAUUUAGAUUACAAAGCUAGAAUUACAAAUUUAUGUCUAUCUCUUAUGUAGUAAAGCAAUUCACGAUUA